AUGGACACCAAGCAGAGCUUCUUCCGAAUGGAGUCCUUGGCUCUAGGCUUCCUUCUCAUCGUCCUGUUGGCUCAGGGAAUAGAAGGAGCUGUUGUCAACGCUUCCUGCAAACUUCAAAAGUCUGACUUUCAUGUGAACAACAUCAAUAACCAAAUCAUCAACAUGUCUCAAGCGGCCAGUUUGGUUGAUCAAGAUACCAGCACUCGAUUCAUCGACUCUUCCCUGUUCCAAGGUGUUCAGAUGGUAGAUCGCUGUUACUUGAUGAAGCUGGUUCUGGACUUUGCCUUGACUGAAGGAGUGAAGCCUUACGGAGACAGAUUCGAGCCAUACACCCAAGACGUGUUUAGCUUCUUCACUAGCCUUCAGUCCAAGCUGCGCAACUGC